AUGGGAGAUGUGUGGCAGCUGGGCCUCCAGCUGUGCAUCACUGCUGUGCUGCUCUUUGGUGGAGGAAGAGGGAGAGAGUUCCCUGGCAGCCUGAGCUGCCUGAAUAACUAUGUGACUACUGUGAACUGCGUGUGGGCAACAGAGGAGCCCAUGGGCAAUGGACCUUUCCACCUGCAUUUCACCAACCUCUGGUCAAAGGGCUGCAAUGCCAGCUGCAAGCUCACUGCCAGUGAGAGCACACAGGAUCAGUACCACUGCACAAUCCAUUUUGCCAGACAGAUCCUGGAGACAGAUGGUUACAGAGUCUCUCUCCAAGGCAGCUUCUUUGGCCACAGUCGCACCUAUAUCACCUUUCCAGAGUACAGUCCACGCAAACACAUAAAACUGGAUCCACCUUUGAAUGUCCAGAGCAAUGCUACUGCCAGCAAGUGUCAGAUACAGUGGAGUGUGCCUAAGUACCUUGCUGAAAUUCUUCAAUACGAGUUGCAGUAUAAGGAGUACAGCAUGUCCUGGGAGAUGGCGCUGAACAAGACAGUGCCCAGCUGGCUGCCAGAGCUGGCAAUUGAAGCCUCCGAGCUCCGCAGUGGCGCUACUUAUGCUGCACGAGUUCGCUGCAAAGUCUCUGACAAUGAGGAUUCUUACCAGAGCCAGUGGAGCGAGUGGAGCCAGACAACAGUGUUUCAAAGAGCAGAUGUACCAAAACUGUCUGAAAAGAUCCUUAAUACCAGAACUAUGCAAUUCUUGUUCAUUCCUCUGAGUUUUACCACUCUGCUCUACCUUUGUUGGAACUGCAAGCUUUCUUCAAGGGCAAAAAGUCUCUCGUGCUUUAACAUCCCCACACCAGCUGCUUUCUUUCAGCCACUCUAUAAUUUGCACAAUGGGAAUUUUAAGGACUGGGUUGGACCUAAUGAAGCUUGUAGCCAAUGCAGAAGAGAAGAGACCAGCAGCUCAAACAAAGUGACUACAGAUGGAGUUUCUGAUCUAAACACCCAAGAACUGAUUUCCAAGAUCUCCUUGGAAUCUGUGAACAGCACAGAUCUGGUUGCUGCAGAAGAAAAGUUCGUAUUUGCCUCGGGUCCAAGCCAGCAGUAUGUCCCCAUCAAGUAUUUAAGAGCUGAGGAGACAGAAGUAAGGUUGUUCACACAAAACCAUGCUGAUGAUACAGUUGGCCUGAAAAUCUCUGAAACAAUUAAAGCCAAUCUUGAGAGCCCUAGCAUGGGAAGGAAUGAUCCCACUCACUCACAGGAUGAAAAGGGUGACUUACUUAUGCACCAGGAAUCCUUGGAGAUAGGUAAUGUAUCCUUCAGCAGUAGUGACUACUGUACCUUGUGUGACAAUGACACCACAGGAGGUCUGAUUCCUGCUGAACUACUGAAGCUCUAG